GCAAAGAGAAACAAGACGCUUCCCACCAACAUAAUAUUCACUUUCUUCGAAAUAGACGCAAAAAGAUUUUUAACAGAUAAGGGAGCUUACAAAAAGCAGUUUAAAGAAAUGCUUGAUUUCUUGGACAUUCUUAUUUACGACAGCACUGUCAUUUACACCAAUUAUAUAGUUCCUACAAUAAUAGAAGUCCUAGACGAGAAAACAAACCCAUUGGUCUCUGCGAAUAAGUUCUUUCCAUCUGUAUUGCAGGACUAUGAGUUGUACACAGAUAAAGAUGACACAACAGUCUAUACGUACUUCAAGCUUACAGAAAAUGCUAUUUCUAAUGAAGAAAUAAAGAACUACAGAGACAUUGCACCCGAGCAAAUUAUAAGGUUGAUAAUGAUCGAAUACUUAAUGGAUGGGUAUCUGCUAAACUACAAAGAAAACUGCUUAUUUUCUAACUUGGAGAAGAUAAUAUCAGACAUGGAGAAAACAAAGCAGGAUGCAGCACUUAAAGCUCUGAGUGUGCUGUGGGGUGAUUGGUAUUGCUAUUCUGCUAAAAGAGUGACCCCAGAAGAGUUCUGCAAAAAUAAUACCAUCAAUGUUGAGAAUUUAAAAAAACUGAGACACACUUUUAUAUAUACUAUUAGGUGGGUGUAUACAAUAGAUAAAUUAAACUUAGAAGGAUUCGCUGCAUUAUCAAGAGAAGAGAUAGCAAAAGAACUGCACUACGAUCUAUCAUAUCUACAUCCUAUGUGGUACAUGAUUAAGAGAUAUGAAAGCAUCGCUCACUUAGACACGCCAGAUCCCAACUACAGUGGAAAUUUAUUCAUAGAAGUAGGCAAAGAAGAUAGCUUGCUUAUAGUUAGACCGCACAAAAUAAGCAAAAACGAUGACAGCUUAAUACAGGCAGAGAACAUGAGAGACUUUAUGAAUACGUUUACUUCACUGAUUUUGUUUGAAGUUAAAUGCUUCUACAGACUUCAAGAUGCCGAUAAAUAUCAAGAAAUAUUUCAGAACUUCCUCGAGUGUUUGGAAAUACCCCUAAAAAUUAAAAACAAUAAAUCUUUUAGCGAAGACUCAGAAAAAGAGGUAGAGCGAGAGUUCAAGAAAAUCAAACUAUCAGACGACUAA